CAACUCCAUCUCAGGGGCCUAACCAUCCCCAGCCCUUCCCCUUUUGUCCAAUUCAGAGGGGAAGAAUGGGUUCCUUUUUUCUUUUCUUUUUUGCGCGUGCACCGGCUUUAAGACCCAGCAGAAAAGGGAAGCAGGGAAGGGAGUAGGGGGGGCGUGGAAGAAGGCACGGAGAAUUGAGGAACUUGCGUGGAGCAGCUCGGCCGGGCAGCAGCAGCAACAGCAGCCUGGGCACUUUUUGCGCACCUGGCACAGAAGAGGUGGGGAUCUAACCUGUUGCAGCCGAUCCGCAGCCACCAUGCGGGAGACUCUUUUCAAGGACAACUUCUGGACAACAGAUUUAAUCAGCACAGCUGGUUACGAUGGCAUCAUCCAGCACCUCAAUGAUGGCAGGAAGAACUGCAAAGAGUUUGAAGACUUUUUGAAGGAAAGGGCUUCUAUAGAAGAAAGAUAUGGCAAGGACCUGAUUAAUUUAUCACGGAAAAAACCCUGUGGGCAGACAGAGCUGAACACCCUGAGAAGAGCUCUUGAGGUUUUUAAGCAACAGGUGGACACUGUCGGGCAGAGCCACAUCCAGUUGGCCCAAACGUUGCGUGAAGAGGCGAGGAAGAUGGAGGACUUCCGGGAGAAGCAAAAGCUCCAUCGCAAAAAGAUUGAACUCAUAAUGGACGCGAUUCACAAAAACCGGAAUCUGCAGUACAAGAAAACCCUGGACGCCAAGAGGCUGUAUGAGCAAAGGUGUCGGGACAAGGACGAGGCAGAGCAGGCCGUCCACCGGAGCGCCAACCUGGUCACGCAAAAGCAGCAGGAAAAGCUCUUCGUGAAGUUGGCUCAGACAAAGACAGCCCUGGAAGAUUCAGACAGGGUGUAUCAGACGAAUGUUGGUGCCCUGGAGAAGAUCAGGGAAGAAUGGAAGAAUGAACAUGUCAAGGCGUGUGAGUUCUUCGAGAGCCAAGAGACCGAAAGGAUAAACUAUUUCCGGAAUGCUCUGUGGCUCCACGUCAACCAGCUCUCUCAGGAAUGUGUCAAGAACGACGAAAACUACGAGGAGAUACGCAAGAGCCUUGAGCAGUGCAGCAUCGAGAAGGACAUUGAGUUUUUUGUGAAUGCCCGCAAAACAGGGACCGUCCCACCAAAUCCAGUGGUCUACGAAAACUAUUACAACACUCAGAAGAAUGCAGCGCCAGGGAGAAAUCAAGCCCCCGCCCCCGGGAGGAGGCCAAAGUUACCUAUUCCUUCCAGCGGGCCAUUAGACCCUGAAUACGCUACGGUGGAUGGAUACAGUUUAAUACAUCACCACUAGCCCAGAGAGUAUCUUGAAGCCCUUCUGCCCAGCUGCCCCUCCUUGAGGAAAGCAAGUGAGAAAAUAACAGCGUAUUAAAAGCUGUGGCUUGCUCUCCGCUCUCACAUCCCUGAAGACUUGUUAUUUCGGCUGGACUGUUUAAAAGCAAGAUUUCCAGAGGAGAUUAUUUCACUCACAACGGAGGACGUGUGCCAGCGUCGGAAAAGACCUCUGGCUUUUCUCACAACAAAUCUGAAAGACUUUUCAUUUGAGGGAGUGGGGUAUACCCUUAAGUGCUCAGCAGUUGAUGUGGCAUCAUGUCUCAGCCGUUGGGUUUGUUUGUGUGAAUCCUGAAUUCAGAUCCUCAUCUAAUAGUGAAAAUACAUAAGUGGAAGACCUUGGGCACAUUGCUCGCUAUCUCCUGACCUACCUCACAGGGUUGUUGUGAGGGUAAAGUGAGAUAAUCCCAUUAUGUUGUCCUGAACUCUUUUCAGGAACAGUGAGAUGCUAAUAUGAUGGCUAGUUUUGCUAGGAUUGAAAAAGUCAGGGUGGAAUCGGAGAGAGGGAGAUCAUCUUGAUUUUUCUUUUUCUUUUUAAAGCAUUAAUCUGAGUCUAGUGAGGUCCAGAACUGAAGGACUCUCAACAAUUCAAUCAUUUAAAUGA